CCCUCCUCCUCCUCAGAGAAGACAGGAGGAAGUGAUCUUCCGGGCGAGCGUGCUGCGUUUAGUCUGAUCCCAACACUGGAUUUACCGAUGGAGGGUUAAUUUCUCUUGAGAAAUAAAAGUUUCUGGCCUGACUCUGCAGGGCGCAUCGGGUCUCCGUCCUGGAGGCGCUCUAAACUUCUCCAAUGGAGCCCAGCAGGGGGGUAAACGAGAGGUUCUUCAUCGUCAUACGCGGGAAGUCCCGGAAAGGUUUCUCCCGGGGAUGCAUCGGCCGCGUGGAGGCGGAGACGCAGCGCGGAGAGUUCGUGGGGCCGCUUUACGCAGGGAGCAGCGGCGGCGGCGGCGGCGGCUCCGCGGGGGGGCCCAAGACCGGAGGCAUGGUCCGCAGGGAGGACACCUACCCGCUCACCAGGCACCAGGCCCAGCUCCUGCUCUUCGUCCCCGGAGCCAGCAAGCGCCUGGAGCUGCUGUGCAAUCCGCAGCUGUUCUCCGCCAUCUGCGAGCUGUCCCCGGACGACCUGGUGGUGGUGAAGCACAAGAGGGGACACCUGCCCGGCCUGGUGAGGAACCUGAUGCAGAUAGGCAGGAAGGAGCACCGCGAGGACCUGUACAUGCUGGGCUUCGAGGUGGAAUUCGUGGACUGUGACAAUAAUUUAUCAUCGAAGAAACCUGCCCCUCUGCCCAUUUUUAGCGCAGCAGACAUAAUCCAGGUGGUCCCAUCUUCACACUGGAGCAACAGCAAAUGUGCAAGUACAAAUAGAAAAGCGGUAACGCGCAUCAAUUCCAUGCCAAAUAUCGGAUCGCGUACACGUCAGGUGACGGAGAACCAGACGGUGCGGACCGUCUCGCACAACCCGAGCGCGCGUGAAGCUCCUGUCCUGGAGGUGGGCUCCCUGGUGGAGGUGGUCUCCAACACGGGGAUCACGGUGUACGGGGUGAUCCGCUGGUUGGGAGUUCCGACAGGAAAGACUGAAGAAUGGGCGGGGAUUGAAUUGGACUAUGAGGUGAACGGCUGCUCUGACGGGCAGUACAGGGGUCAGCAGUAUUUCAUCUGCAAAGGGAGCAGAGCCUUGUUUGUUCCCAUCACAAAGUGCAGCCCUGACAGCAGGUUCGUCUCUUCUGUUCCAGAAGAGGAAACACUCCAUCUUAAAGAAACGCUUUCAGUUCCUUCAUUUGAGGAGUGUGACGAGGACGCAGCGCCGGUCUCUGAGUCAGAGGCAUUGUCUUUGUUAGUGGGCAGAAUGAAGGGAAUUCAGGGUCACUUUAACUCCUGUUACCUCGAUGCAACCCUCUUCAGUUUGUUCAGUACUUCUGCGACGUUGGAUAGUAUCUGCCCGAUGCCUGCUGAUAAAGACAAACCCAUAACCUGCUCGCUGAGGACCAUAGUCAACAGUUUACGCAGACGAGGCUUCGUGCCUGCUGAGAGCGUGAUGAAUUUUCGCAAACAGCUUGGCUGCGACACUUUCCAGACUGAGGAAAAAGAUCCAGAAGAGUUCAUCACGGUCCUCUUUCAGAAGGUGUUUUGCAUCGAGCCGUUACUGAAGCUCAGAUCCAAACGAGAAUCCACCCAUGGUGCCUACACCUUACAGAUUUUUCUGGAAAAAGAGCAGAUGGGACAGGUUCCGACCGUCCAACAGCUGCUGGACACGUCAUGCCUGUCAGGCGACCUUAAAUUUGAAACGAUGCCAUCUUGUCUGAUUGUUCAAAUGCCAAGGUUUGGAAACAAAUAUAAAAUGUUUUCACACAUCAUUCCCUCACUGACGCUGGACAUCACAGACCUUCUUUACAAUGCUCCGAGGGAAUGCUUCAUCUGUGGACAUUUAGCAGAGUACGAGUGUCUUCAGUGUCUACCCGAUCGCAAACUACAACCAGGAAGAAUCAAACAGUACUGCGCUACCUGUAACACUCAGGUGCAUACCCAUCCCACUCGCCAGGAUCACUCUCCCAGUGCUGUCGCGGUAGCAGCAGAUGUGGCCGUCGACAGCCCCGUACCCAGGCGCACCAUGCAGCUGUUUGCUGUGCUCUGCAUUCAGACCAGUCACUACGUGUCCUUUGUGAAAUACGGCCCUGACCCCGGCUCCUGGCUCUUCUUUGACAGCAUGGCAGACAGACACGGCAACGAUCAAAGUGGCUACAACAUUCCUGAGAUCCGGGCUUGUCCGGAGCUGGGUGACUUCCUGUGUCGACCGGAGGAGGAGCUGGCCCGGGCUCACCCAUCACAGGCCCCUGAGCUGGUACGCAGGCUGCUGUGUGACUCCUACAUGUUUCUAUACCAGAACCCCACCACGCUGCUCUGAAAGCCAAACAAUUAGGAGUCUGAAAGCCGUGUGAGGACGAGGACGUGGCGUUCCCAUAACAGUGCCUUUGGUAACCUUACAUCUUUGCUUAAUCAGCUUAUGUGCACUUUAUUAUGUCCAAGUAAAAGGAACCGAAAUGAGUGGUUGUAACUUUGUGGAAAACUUUGAUUUUUUUUUUUUUUUUUAACUCAUUAAUAUCUGACUGUUGCUACACUGUAAUUAUUUAUGAGUUUUGAAGGUGAUACAUCAGUGUGUUUUUUUGUACAUGUAUACAUUCUUGUCUUUUGUGUAUUAUUUGACAAAACAAAGACCAAUCCAAAUAGAAAUGGUUUGCUUGUGACCUCUAACAAAAUGAAGGAUCUUGAAGCAAAUAAACUGUGCUUUUCAA